CAGCUCGCUAGCGACUGGAAGACGGCCGGAAAAUCUCUCGGAAAAAUGGCAAUUCGAUGGGCCACGUCGGCGCUCCGGUGGUUUGAUUUCGAUCUCCUCUCCCUCCGGUCCUCCAUCUUCUCAGUAUCCUCCUCCUUCCACUGGCCUCAGCUGAGCUUCAGUUUCGGCCUCUCGGUCGUCGACGAUCUCGUCUGGCCUCUCGUCACCGCGUUCGAGUCCGUCGCUCUCGUCUCCAUGUUCUGCUUCUUCUUCCUCUUCUGCGGCUGUACUGUCUAGAGAGAUGACCUUCGAUCUCUCCCGAUUGCGAUGCCAUCUGAGGAGCUCACGUGGUGAGGGUCCGCCGUCGAUUUCUCGGCGUGGAGUAGCACGUGACUCUGAUGCUUGACGGUGACUAUGCACGUGUGACUUAUGGCAGUUUCUUUUUUAAAUUUGUUUGAAAUUUUGAGUUUUUUUUUUUUUAGUUGGCCAAUAGGGUGCAGACGCGUAAGUGACUUAGGGUAAAUUUUGUCUAUUUCCGUUUUAUAUGGUACUCUGAACAGUUUGAAAAUAUAAGUAAUUGAACUUU